CCGUGCUGCACGGGGCAAUCAGAAAAGAAAUUGUCUAUAAAAUUAACAAACAUAUGAUUAAACAAUUAACUAUUCUAGCUGAAAACAACAUUAGAUCAGUAGACAAAGCAAAAGAGAAGACCAAGACUCAGUUUCUAUAUAGCAAAGUCAUCAAUGAAGGAAAGAAAAACAAGGCCAAAAUUUUGAAGAUGUGUAAACGGGAGAGAUACUUUUUGCCUUUUUUGGUGGCCCUUGUCUUAUUUUUUCUGUCUUUUUGUGUUAAUGGUAUGCAUUUUGUGCUGGUCCAUGGAGGCCUUCAUGGUGCAUGGUGUUGGUAUAAGGUGGCCAAUAAGCUGAAAUCUGAAGGUCACAAUGUCACAACUCUAGACAUGGCUGCUUGUGGUGUCAAUCCAAAGCAAAGGCAAGAGGUUCAUUCAGUUUCAGAGUACAAUGAGCCUUUGAUGACAUUCAUGGCCUCUCUUCCUCCAGAGGAAAAGGUGAUUCUUGUUGGUCACAGUCUUGGUGGGCUAUCAGCAUCUAUUGCCAUGGAAAAUUACCCUGAGAAAAUCUCUGUUGCAGUUUUCAUCACUGCCACUGUUGUCUCUCAAAAUCUCACCUACCCAGCUUUUCUUCAAGAGAGAAGGAGAAGAUUGAUUUCCCUUAACUUGGACGAAUUUUUCAUAUUGGAUGGGGUUAACAAAGCUCCAAUUCUUUCAUCGCUUGGAGUUGAAUUAUUAGCAUCCAGAUUCUAUCAAUUGACAUCAAAUGAGGAUUUGACACUUGCUUUCUGUCUAGUGAGACCUUUACCUCCCAUUACAAGCGAUGUUAAAUUAUUGAUGAAACAAACUGCAGUUACAAAGUACAAGAAUGGAAGGGUAUCUAAAGUCUUCAUCAUCAGUGAAAAAGAUAAUUUGCACACAGAGGACUUUCAAAGGUGGGUAAUUGAAAGCACCGGUCCAUAUGCUGAGGUGAAAGUGAUAAAGGAUUCAGAUCAUAUGGUCAUGUUUUCCAAACCAAAAAAGCUUAGCUUUGAACUAUUAAAGAUUGCUUACAAAUAUUGAUCUUUAAAUGUUAAUGUGUCUUGCGUCAUCAUAAAAAGAAAAAAAAACAUGUUUAUGGACCAUGUAUCAUAAAAAUAAGUAACCAAUAACUUUUAAUCAUUCUUAUAAUUACUAUGUCUUUUUAUGUUUGAUUUUGGUUUGUGGCUGUCUGGCUGAUGUAAAAAAUUUGACAUAGUUAUUUAAUGAUUUGUUGCUGCAUUAAUUAAUUAGUUUGACAAUA